AUGGAACAGCUUUCGUACCAGCGAAAUGGAGAGUUCCUACAUUAUUUAGCCAAAGCUCAAUGUUUAAGAGGCAACUCUGAAAUAGGGCUGACAAUAUUAAAAACUAUUUAUGGUAAAUAUGAAAGUCUGAGAAGUUAUUAUAGAUUACUAUUUAGAGAUUUAAUACAAGAUUCCGUAUUAAAUAGAUCAGAAGCAUCUCUCAUGAUAUUUAAAAAAUAUGUGUUAGAGUUUAGUGAGGAGUGGUCGGAACAUUAUCCUUUGGUUUGCUUUUGGCAUAUCUGCUGGGCUAGUACCUGGUUUUCUGAUCAGAUGUUGUCUAAUGAACUAUUGGAAGCCUCAGAGCACCUUCAAGAGAUUGUAAAAGAUAAGGCCACAGCCUUUAGUAUAUCGGCUUUAAAGGAUUACAAUGAAGAUGCAGUUGUACGGCUCCUGCAGAACCUACUCAAAUAUGACAUGAUGAGUGAAUAUGUUGCUGUGUUGCAAGUGCUGUUUAAUUAUAAGUUAAGGAACAGGGAUAUACGUGGAUGUACUGAAAUCAUAAGAAAUUGUGAGGUUCUCGGUGUGAGCUUAUCCUCAAGUCAGCAAGGAAAGUACUUAACAAUGCUUAUAGAAGACAGGAAAAAUCCAGAUGAGAUAAAAACAAAAGUGCCCUUUAAAAACUUUAAAUUGAAAUUCUAG